GGGAGAAAAUAAACAUGGCGUCCGGGCAGCAGUGGGUGUUGGUGGAGAUGGUGCAAGCAUUUUAUGAGGCUCCUGCGUAUCACCUCAUUCUAGAGGGGAUCCUCAUACUGUGGAUCAUCAGGCUGCUCUUCUCAAAGACCUACAAACUGCAUGAGACCUACAAGCUGACAGAGAAGGAAAAGGAGGACCUGAUUGAGGAGUGGCAGCCUGAUCCUCUGGUCCCUCCUAUUUCCAAAGACCACCCGUCACUCAACUAUGAUGUUGUAACAGGACCUCCGAGCCACAAAAUCAUAAUCAAUGGAAAAGAGUGCAUUAACUUUGCAUCAUUUAACUUUCUGGGUCUCCUCGACAACGAGCGGGUCAAGCAAAAGGCUUUGGCAUCUCUGAAAAAAUAUGGCGUGGGCACAUGCGGUCCCAGAGGCUUCUACGGAACCUUUGACGUUCACCUGGAGCUGGAGAGUCGUCUGGCCAAAUUUAUGAAGACAGAAGAGGCCAUCAUCUACUCCUAUGGCUUUGCAACUAUUGCAAGUGCGAUACCUGCCUACUCCAAGAGGGGGGACAUCAUCUUUGUGGAUGAGGCAGCCUGCUUCUCCAUCCAGAAAGGCCUUCAGGCCUCACGCAGCUUCAUCAAAUACUUCAAACAUAAUGAUAUGGAAGAUCUGGAGAGGCUGCUGAAGGAGCAGGAGCUGGAGGACCAGAAGAAUCCUCGAAAGGCUCGCGUGACCCGGAAGUUCAUCGUAGUGGAGGGACUGUACAUCAACACGGCAGACGUCUGUCCUCUGCCUGAACUGGUGAAGCUCAAGUACAAAUACAAGGUGCGGAUCUUUCUGGAGGAGAGCAUGUCUUUCGGCGUGUUAGGAGAACAUGGCCGAGGAGUCACCGAGCACUUUGGGGUCAAUAUCGAUGACAUCGACCUGAUAAGUGCCAACAUGGAGAACGCCGUGGCCUCCAUCGGAGGAUUCUGCUGCGGCCGCUCCUUCGUCAUCGACCACCAGCGACUGUCCGGUCAGGGCUACUGUUUCUCGGCCUCGCUGCCUCCCAUGUUGGCCGCCGCCGCCAUCGAGGCCCUGAACAUCAUGGAGGAGGAUCCAGAUAUUUUCACCGUCCUCCGGGGAAAGUGUAAACAGGUUUACAAGGCGUUACAGGGAACUCCUGGUCUGCGGCUGGUGGGAGUACCGUUCGCUCCAGCGCUUCACCUACAGCUGGACAGAAGCUCUGGAUCCAGAGACUCCGACAUGCAGCUGCUCCGGAACAUCGUAGAUUACUGUAUGCAGAGACAGGUGGCCUUGACCCUCGCUCGGUAUUUGGAAAAAGAGGAGCGCUUCCUCCCCCCUCCCAGCAUCAGAGUGGUGAUCACCAUCGAGCAGACGGACGAGGACAUCCAGAAGGCCGUGUCCUGUAUCCAGGAGGCGGCCUCCGUCCUCCUCCAAUGACCACACUGUGUUUCUGCUGAAGCCAGCAGCAGGACUCCAUACAGUCGGACGUCACUGUGAUGCACAUCCUCCCUGACGCUGCCAUUCACACACUCCAAACUCUGGACCCUGAACGUCUCGCGAGGAUACUUUUUUUUUUUUUGUACCUUUUUUUUAUAUUCCAGCUUUUUUUUUUUUUUGUCUGAGUCUUAAUAACAUGUUUGUCAAAUUCAUGCUGUUAAACUGUUAUGAAUGUAAAACGUCAACAGCCUCAAGUCACUAAUAAUUAAAUAAAUGCAGAGAAAUAGACUUGAUCUCCACAGACCAAACGCCUUGUUACUUUUUAAUGUACUGACCAAAGAGUGGACAUGUUUUUCAUUUAUUUAAUGUUUCUGCAGUGUACAGCACAUGACAUUUACAUGUGUUAUUUUAUUCUACAUUGUUCGUUGCCACUGUAUUAUCAGUCACUUUUCUUUUGUUAGAGGUCACUGCAUUUCUGGCCACUUUUAUGACAUGUAAAUAUAUAUGAUUGGAUUCGA